AAUAAAGAACGUGCGCGCACCAAACAGCUACCCGAAAUCAGAGCGAUGGAGAAUCCCGAUGAAGACUUCAAUAUACAUGAUCACUGCACUGAGGUGUCAGAGGCUGAAUAUAUAUCGAAUCCGAGUGCAUAUCGGUUUGUGUGCUGGAAUUUGAAUGAACGCGGCGCUGUCGGUGAAACUGUCUUGCAUCUCUGUCUGCUGAACGCCUCCUCGCUGCAUGCCGAUCUCGCCAAGCGCCUGCUCAAAUGGUAUCCCAAACUCAUACUUGAUGUGUAUAUGUGCGACGAAUACUAUGGCGAGAGCGUUUUGCACAUCGCAAUCGUCAACGAGGAUCCAGCGAUGGUGAAAUAUCUGCUCGAUGCUGGCGCUGAUGUGCAAGAGCGCUGCUGCGGCGCCUUUAUGUCCGCGGAGGAUCAGAAAGCCUCACGUUACGAUUCACCUGAUCACGAGUAUGUCGGCGUGCAGCCGAUAACCAACUAUGAUGGCUACGUCUAUUGGGGCGAAUACCCGAUGAGCUUUGCCGCUUGUCUGUCGCAAGAGGACUGCUUUCGCUUGGUGCUGGCACGCGGCGCGGAUCCAGAUCUGCAGGAUACCAAUGGAAAUACUUCACUGCAUAUGUUGGUGAUCUAUGAGAAGAUCGAAAUGUUCGAUGUCUCCUACGAAGUGGGUACCAAUAUUCAUCUAAGAAAUAUGCAAAAUCUCACAGCGUUGACAUUGGCGGCGAAAUUGGGACGCGUUGAGAUGUUCUUUCACAUUUUGAGCAUAGAACGUGAGAUCUACUGGCAGUUGGGUAGCAUCACUUGCGCGGCGUAUCCGCUGUCCAUGAUCGACACGAUCGAUGUGGAGACGGGGAAUAUAAACAAGGACUCAGUGUUGAAUUUUGUGGUGUUUGGCGACAAACUGGAACACUUAGAGCUGCUGGAUGGCGUGGUGAUCGAUUUGUUGAAAACCAAAUGGGAAUCCUUUGUCAAGUCGCGUUUCUACAAACAAUUCUAUAUGUUCUCUUUUUACUUUCUCUUCUCGUUAAUCAGUUUCAUAUUACGUCCAGGGCCGUCCGAAAAAAGCGAUGAGGCUGGCGAUGAAGCCGAAGAAGUGUCAGUAAUGCAUGCCGGAAAUGAAACGGCACCGUAUCAUGGCGGCAACAAAUGGUUAAAGCGACUGAUAAAGCGCGCGAUUGACAAGAUGGAGUAUAAAACUUUUUGGCUGAACUUCACCGACUACUUUGACGAUAACGACGUAGAGCUGGGUCCGUCUUGGUGGGCCAGUUAUGCUGAGUGUCCGCUAAUGAACAUGGAAUCCGACCUGGCUAAGUUACGCAUUGUCGCAGAAAUCGUAAUAUUUUUCGGCUCGAUUUUAUACUUGCUAGCGGCGCUGCGUGAAGCGCGCUUUCUGGGCUACAAAAUGUUUAUUGAAAAUAUGAUGACCGCACCUUCGCGUGUCAUGUUUCUUUUCUCUUGUGCGCUCAUGAUGACCAUACCCUGGCUGAGGUUAUCCUGUUCAACCGAGAUCGAUGACCAUGUUGCAGUCUUUAUAAUGCUCACCACAGCGCCUUACUUUCUAUUCUUUUGUCGCGGCUUUAAAACCGUCGGCCCUUUCGUUGUGAUGAUCUAUCGCAUGGUCAUGGGCGAUCUCAUACGAUUCGUCUCCAUCUACCUUGUGUUCGUGAUGGGAUUUUCGCAAGCCUACUACAUUAUCUUCCUUACAUUUGAUAAUCCUGCCACUCCAGAGGAAAUCGACGAUUCUGAAUCGAAUCCAAUGCCCUCGCCAAUGGAAUCUAUUGUGGCUAUGUUUUUGAUGUCGCUCACCAAUUUCGGCGACUACUUUGGCGGUAUGGGCUCAACGCAGCAUGAGUAUGAAGCGAAAUCACUUUUCUUUCUCUUCAUGGUGAUCGUCAGCGUGUUGCUGGUGAAUAUGUUGAUUGCCAUGAUGGGCAACACUUAUCAGAAGAUCGCCGAGAUACGCAACGAAUGGCAGCGUCAGUGGGCGCGCAUUGUGCUGGUAGUGGAACGUAGUGUACCGCCAGCUGAGCGGCUGAAGAAUUUCAUGCACUAUAGUCAGCCUAUGUCGGAUGGUAGGCGCGCAUUGGUGUUGCGGUUAAAUAUGAGCGACGAAGACAAAGAAGAGAUGAAGGAAGUGCAGGAAAUGAAACGUAUACAUCAACGCUUCUCCAAGAAACGUCAGGUUGAGCGAGAGGCGCGUGCGCGUAAACGUCAGGAGGAGUAUGAAAAGUUCUUUGGCACGAAACCA